AUGGCAAAUCAUCAAAUAAAAGUGCCAUCAGUAACGGAAGAUGAUCUGCGCCGUUUCUAUAACAAGCACUUUGCUUCGCUGGGCUCCUCCAACAGGCACCAUGGCGCUAUAUUGAGUGCCGAAGUGGAAAUCGAUGAUGAUGGUCUUGGUUACUAUCCUGAUGGUGUCAAGCGCACACUUACCGACGACCAAAUUGCCAUGUUCAGACACAGUGAAAUUCAAGCUCUUCUAAGAGAACGCAGAAGAAGGCGCGAGAAUUCAGACAGCGAGCCCGGCUCCGGUAUACCUACUGGGAUGGCUCAGUCGGUAGGUCGUGACAAGCUAGACACUGCCGAAGACAUCGUCAGACAGCGCUCCACAAGCACCUCAGACUCCCAAAGCACAGGCAAAAGGAAGUGGCAAAGGUUUAUCGACGUCUCUGAAACCAACCCAGAGCACUUGACUCACCGCAGGAUUGCCCGUGAAUUGGACGGGCAACAAACAAGCUCGGUUGAUUUGGCCUAUGGCGAUGAAGAGCCAGCGGUCUCGGUAUCCACCAAGCGUCCCAAAGUCAGCACUACUGUGUCGAGCAGUCGAAAGCAUAUUGCCUACAAUGACGCAGAUGAGGUACAGCCAACACAACCAGCACAACCACUCUCGGAACAAAUCCACAAUCGCCAAUUUCUCUGGCCGACCUUGGAGACAUCGACCAGCAUGAACAGUUGA